AAGACUGUAAGAAGUGCUGACGAUUCAGAGGUCUUACUUCGCAUACCAUAUCAGACAUGGGGAAUCGCGUGUUUCAGCUUCUGUCUCUCACAGGUUUGAACUCAUGCCAUUUUGCUAGACAGACAACACAACCAAACAGGUUUACUAAAUCUGACUAGUCAUUUAACUAAGUUAAAAAAAAUAUCAAAAAUAGAAAGACAUGCUUGUCUGUGAUCAGCUGUAAUUAAUUGACUCAUGAAAGGUUUUCAGCCUCAGUCCCUGGGACACUUAAAAACAGUAUCCCUGUAUUUGUUUGGUGUUUGGUAAUUUGUCUCCAUAUUUUAGUCAUUUUAGCUGUUGUUGCAUUGCUAAAUAUAUUUAUUGGCCUAGACUUGAGCAAUAAAUAAAUAAAUCACUCAUUAUUUAAUGACUUUCCGGCUCUCUUGGGAUCGUUACCUUUUAUGGAAUUUUGUGUGCAUAAGUAAAUGAUAAUUAGCUAUGCUGGGAACAUGCUCUACACCUUAUGGGUGCAUUGCACCAGCAUUUACCAAUAUACACAAGCAAGUAUAAAGAAAAUUUCCAUUUCUGAAACCUAUGUAAAUCUGGUUCAGCCUGGCGUAUGCUACCAUAUAUGCACAAUUUAAAUAAAACAUUGGUGAAAUGAUUGAUAAAUGGCCCAAUCCCACAGUUAACACUAUUUGAAUAAUUUCAAGAUGAUGUUUUGUAUACAGUAGUAACAUAAAAUUGUAUUUAAUGUUUGUUUCACUUUAGUAUAAAAGUUCAAUUUCAUCCACAUUGAAUAAACAAGUAGACAGAUCUCUUUUUAACAGAUUUAGUGUAACUAAAUCUUCAUCUAAUCUGUCAUCUACAGAAGUCUUCCUUCUCGGCUUGUCUGUACCUUAUAAGUACACCCUAGUCCGUCAGGGGAAAAAUUGGAAUGAUGCUCGGACUUACUGCCAAGCCAAUUACAUUGACCUGGCUAUUGCUGGAGACAGUGAUGACAUUGUCAAGCUUCAAAAUGAGGCACAGAAGCAACAAUUCACUUCCAGUGCUUGGGUUGGCUAUUACAAUGAUGUUAAUAGCUGGCGCUGGUCCCUGGGAAACCAGUCACUCGGAGAUAUGACAGAUUGGUCUAACGGAGAGCCUACCUAUAAAGUGGAAGGCUGUGUUGCUCUAAAUCCUUGGGGUUGGUUUGAUUGUCCAUGUUCAGUACCAUUUGCCUUUGUGUGCUUUGAUGCCAAGAACACUGGGUCUAGCAGAUACAUUGCCAUUUCUACUACUAUGACAUUUAAUGAUGCUCAGAGUUACUGCAGACAACAUUACACAGACCUGGCCAGUGCAACAACGGUAGAGGAAAAUACAAUUAUAAAAGGAACAAUUACUGGAAAUUCUUGGUUCGGUCUGUUCAGAGACAUCUGGAUGUGGGUAGACAAGAGUAACUUUUCUGCCUUUGGUUGGUUGAGAGGAUCACCGUGGGGUGUUGGGCAAAAUGAUAAUUGUGGUACUAUUGUUAAGGGCCUUGUUGAUGCUGCACUAUGCUCUGAUAUACUGCCUUUCUACUGCCUCAGAGAGUUUACAAAAAAACAAACCAUAAGAAUAAAGAUUAGAUCAAAUCAGGAUGUGAACGAUCCUGCAGUGAAGGCAGCAAUCUUACAGAAGAUCAAGCAAAAACUGGAGGAACAUGGGAUAUCAAAUAACUCCACAAUAAAAUGGAGAGAGCAACCAGAUGGCAUGGUCUUUCAAAAGAUAAAAGUAUCUAAGGCCAAUCAAAUAUGUAUAAACUAAUUCUUUUCAUUUAAGCAUUCUUUUUUAAAGAUAGAAAUUGAACAGACCUUAAACUUCAGUGCUUUUUAGACUGCAAUUCUACAUAAAACAAUCAUAGCCAUUAACUUAGUAGAUUUAGGUAAGCUUUAAACAGGCAUUUUAUUUUUCAUGAGCAUCAAUGUUUAAUGUGCUUUUAUAGAGAUGUUACAUUUAUUGAUGAUUAACUAAACUUGUAUAUAUUAUUUAAUAACAC